AAUUAAACAUUGUUUCUCACUUCAUUAUAAAAUGUAAUUCCAACAAGAAAUAUACACCCUUCCAAAUCUCAAACAAAUCUCUUCAUCACUAUCAUUCCUUGUUAUGGCCAUGGACAUGCCUAUGCCUCCAGGUCAAAACAUGCCUCCAUCAAAUGGCACAACCAACAUGAUGAUGAUGAACAUGCAAAUGAGUUUCUACUGGGGCAGAAAAGCCACAGUGCUUUUCUCUGGAUGGCCUAAUAACAAUCUUGGAAUGUACAUCUUAGCUCUUUUGUUUGUGUUCUUUCUAGCUAUGGCUGCUGAGGUUUUGUCUAACCAACCACCCAUUAAACGAGGGACUAAUCCUCUCAUUGGAGGGUUGAUUCAGUCUUCUGUUCACUUCUUUCGAAUUGUUUUCGUUUACUUGCUCAUGCUUGCUGUCAUGUCCUUCAAUGUUGGAAUCUUUAUUGCUGUUGUUGUUGGUCAUACGUUGGGGUUCUUUGUUGCGCGAUCGCGUGCUAUUGCUGUUGCGAACGGAGAAGAUCAACGUUCAUCUUCUGACACACUUAAAAUUUGAAUUAUUGUGUACUCCAUGCUACACCCUCUCGUGUUAUAUAUGAGUGAAAAAUCAUGUCAAAUAUAUGUUUGAGUUUUAGCUUA